GUUGCCCGUCUCAGCAGAGCAGAGGACCUGAAGAAACUUCUUCUUUCUCUCUUAAAGCUGCCAUAUGCUGAUAAGAAUCUGAAGAAACGCUUACAAGGUACGUCGUCGGAACAAAACCCUAAAAUGUUUUUCAAAAAACAGCUAUCAGUUGGUCGCCUAAACAUGUUUGGAACCGGAAGGUUCGGUAGUCCAGUUGGGUUCUUCGUUACCCAGAUUAGGGUUAGGUUUUUGGCAGCGUCAUCCUCAACGGAGCAAUGUCACAUUGUUGGUAAACAAUCAUUUACAGUGUCUUAUCUCAUGUCUUCUUUAGGGUUGUCUUCAAAAGACGCUCUGUCUCUAUCUCAAAAGGUACAAUUCGAAUCAGCAGAGAAGCCGGAUUCGGUCAUUUCACUAUUCAGAAGCCAUGGAUUCAAUGAUACCCAUAUCAUCAAACUUGUGAAGUCAUGCCCGGAUAUACUCUCUUGUAAUCCAUCCAAGAUCCUUUUGCCCAAGUUCAAUUUCUUUUACUCAUUGGGCGUUUCAAGAACUGAUCUUGCAUCUUUCAUGUCGUCCGGUGUGAAACUUCUGCGAAUGAGCCUUGAGAAACGGAUCAUGCCGUUGCACAGUUUCCUGAAAUAUGUGAUUGGUUUGGAUGAUAUUAAAAUUGCAGAAGCUAUUAGGAGAGCAACAUGGGCCGACAACAAAGACCGUCUGGGAAGACUGGCUAUCAAUAUUGCACUUCUUAGACAACAUAAAGUCCCUGAAUCAUUCUUGCUACAAUUGAUUAUUUAUCGUUUAGGCCUCCUGCUCCAGAAGCCGACUCAGUUUGAGGAAAGAGUUAAUGGGGUUAUUCAAAUGGGAAUGGAUCCAAAGAAACAGUCGUUUUGCAAUGCCUUGACUGUUAUUUCUGGACUUAGCGUUCGAACUCGCGAACAUAAAGUUAAAACCUUUGUAAAGUAUGGAUGGAGUGAAGAUGACUUCCAAUUGGCAUUCAAGAAGAAUCCUCUUUGCGUGUUCCUGUCAGAGAAAAUCAUAUGCAACAAAAUGAAUUAUCUGGUUAACGAAAUGGGGGUGAAGGCGUCUGAUAUCGCCUGUUCUCCUACGGUUCUUCUCUACAGUAUGGAGAGAAGGAUCAUACCGAGGCUUUCAAUUGUAAAGGUGUUGGAGUUGAAGGGAUUGUUGGAGAAGCAAGUUCCAAUCUCAUCUAUAUUGUGCAGCAGUAACAAGAUUUUUAUAGGCAGGUUUGUUUCACAGUAUGUGGAAGAUAUUCCCCAAUUAAUGAAUCUCCUUCAAGGUAACAUGAGUCUUCCCGAAAUAUCCAGCUUCAUCAGCAGCCACGAGAAAAGUUAGAUUUCUAAUAAUAUAUAUAUAUAUUUUUAAAUUUAAGGCUUGUAGUGAAUUGUAAUGGAUGUUGUUGCUGUUAUUAGCUGGUCUAUAACUCUUAUAGGAAUUUGCCAUGGCACCACCAGCUAAUGAAGCAAGAGAUUAAUUAAUGGAUACUCUUUUCAUUUCAAAUAAACCUCUCAACUUGUUUGAUUAAAUAUA